UGGAUGCUGCUCCUCAGCAAGACCUGAACAAGGUUUUAGACGACAUCCGUUGCCAUUAUGAGACCAUCAUAGACAAACACCGCAGAGAACAGGAGUGCUGGUUCAAAGAGAAAAUGGCAGACCUGUGUAAAGAUGCUGCCACCAACACAGAGUGCCUAGAAACCUCUAAGUCAGAGAUCUCAGAUUUGCGGCGUAGUUUGCAGUGCCUGGAGAUCGAGCUGCAGUCUCAAAUCAGCAUGAGAGAGAGCACAGAGCUUUGUGGGGUGGUCAUCACAGAGCUCACGUAUAGCGAGUGGUAA